AUGGAAAACCUGACAGAACUUCAGAACCCUCUGCUCGAGAAAAACAAUAAGCAUGAUUAUGGUUACCAGGACGAUUACAGUGAGCAGCAGCACUAUAAAGAGAAGAUUUUGAACUACUUUAUGAGCAAUGGUUCUGCCAAGAACAAACCCAAAGCCAACUUCACACAUCAGCUCCUGGACGCCAGCUCCCUGCAUCUGGCUGUCGAGGCCUUUUACAGACCAAACUUUAUUUUGUAUAAGGACGAGAUGAAAGAGGGUGUCAAGGAUUACAGGAACGACAGCAGUGAGACGACAUUCACUGAGAGGAAGAACUUGACGAUUGACUCCCCCGACCAUUCAGAAUCUAAACACGUGGACUACACAGAGAACGAUGUCAAAAUUCAAACUGUCUCCUAUGAGGUGGAGGAAGAGGAGUUUCAUGACUGUGAGAGUGACUGCUCAAGUGACAGUGAUAGCGAAGACAACUUUAUUAUGAUCCCUCCACGUGACCACCUGGGUCUGGCCAUCUUCUCUAUGCUGUGCUGUUUCUGGCCUCUGGGGAUUGCUGCUUUCUACUUCUCCCAAGGGACAAGCAAGGCCAUUGCGAAAGGAGACUAUCAGCGCGCAACCUCAGCAUCACGAAGAGCCCUAUUCCUAGCAGCACUCUCAAUCACCAUUGGAACAGGAGUGUAUGUGGGGGUCAUUGUGGCACUCAUUGCAUACUUGUCAAAGCCAGGACAUGUAUAGUGUUGAACUCCAAACUGGUCUUCAAAGUGAUGGUUCUUCAGCUGUUUGAUUAUCCAAUUUUAUUGCCCUGUUAAUUGAGUAACUUGUGUGUAUUUUUCAUUGUAUGACCAUUUUGGAUGUAGGGA